CUGAAUGACUGAGGACGCAGUCAGAGCUAAACAUUUCUUCAUAGUUAGAUGUGGAUUUGAUUUCAGGUCUUUUGCAGGUUGAUUGGAUGAAACUUUGGAUCACAGAGGUGAGAUGUGACUGUAAAAACAGAUGUGCACAAGAUGGACGCUGAAGAUUCCAUGGUUGCUAUGUUUGUCUCCAGGUGCAUCAAUUCUAUAUGAUCAUCAUUUAAACAUCAACAAAACCUAACUGUAAAGAAAAGUUUUCAGAACUGUCAUUCGACGAUUUCUUGCAAAUAAACGCUUCUGCUGAGGACUUCUUACAUCCUGUUAAGGACUAAAGACUCACUGAAACUGAUGAGAGAGAGAAAACAAACUUCCAUCAUGGAAAAUUGUGAUGUUCCCAUCACCCUGCAAGACCACAACUACUCAAGACGCAGAAUCUCUGCACGCUGGGCAGACGCUGUGAGGAAGCCUGCAACCUGGAACAAGUGUCCAUGCUGCAGGGAUGACCAGGAGCAGAAACACCAGCAAUCUGCUACUACUGCCAAACUUCCCCGGAAGAGGAAGCGGACAUCCAUGGCCUGUCAUUCCAGACCUUCUGCUGAACCCCCAGAGGUAUUGGCUCCCACUCCUGAGCCCUCAAGCCCGGCUGCUGACAUUCCAAGGUUGCUGAAUUUGGUCCCUCGGUCCGCCAUCCCACCUGCCGACCUGCCAGUGGUCUCAAAUAUGGCCCCCGGCAGCCCCCGGCCCUCCACUGCCCCCCUGCAAGAUGACGGCCCUCUGAAGAUACACAACCGCUCAGUAGAAGAGUACCAGCAGAUCUACCAUGAAGUGGUUGAUGACAUGCUGACAUACAAGGAUGGCCGGUUGCGUCCGUACAGUUUGGAGCUUGGCCGUCGUAUCAAGCAAAAGCUGUGGGAGAGACUGAAUCGUCCCACGUUUACGACCUCAGCCAAUGAGGACGGGCUUGUGAAGGUUGAUGUAUCAUAUGGGGUUGGAGUCUAUCCUCCCCUUCAUGAUGUAGAUAUUUCAUUAGAACCAAAGCCUGAGCAGCCACCAAGAAAAAGAGCUAAGAACUGAAACUGAACUGAAAGUAUCAGUAGUUUGUAAAUAGUUAAAGACAUUAGAAUAGUUCAAUAAGAUCAAAUCUGUAAAUAAUAUUUAGUUUUAAGUCUUUUUAACAGGUAGAAUUGUCUCGUUUCAUCAGUUAAUGCAGCUUCUGUCUGAACUCUUUUCCAGCCAACUACACAUCCAACCACUGCUGUUGCAGCCUCCACCUGCAUGCUCUACCAUCCACCUGCAGCCUGAAGCUCCACCUGCAGAUUCUGGAAGAAAAUUACAGACACCUCCACCGACAACCUCUGCAAACCACCUGAAGUGCCACGUUCUGCCCUAAACCAGUAGCCUGUUUCAGCCUCCAUCAGAUCUAACUGUGCCUCCAACUGACACCAGCCAUGUGCUGUCCUAGCCUCCACCUGCAGACAGCAGAUAGCUGCAAACACAUGCUCCACCUAAAACAUCUUACGGCCAAAUUCCAAACAGCAACAAGUCGAACCUCCACCUGCAGCCUCUGCCAGGAGGCAGCUGCUGCCUUCAUCUGCAAGUUGCUGGCAAAGGCUACAGAUGGAGAUUUGAGCUGCAGCAGUCUGUCAGAAUCUGCCAGUGGAGGCAAUGGCUGCAGUCUGUACCACCUCCUCCACCUGCAGAUUGUGGCAGACAACUGCAGCCUGGGCCUCCACCUACAACCUCUGCCAGCAAUCCGCAGCCGCCGCCUCCACCUGCAGUUUGUGGCAGACAGCUGCAGCCUGGGCCUCCACCUAUAGCCUCUGCCAGAAACCUGCAGCCGCCGCCUCCACCUGCAGAUUGUGGCAGACAGCUGCAGCCUGGGCCUCCACCUAUAGCCUCUGCCAGAAACCUGCAGCCGCCGCCUCCACCUGCAGAUUGUGGCAGACAGCUGCAGCCUGGGCCUCCACCUACAGCUUCUGCCAGAAACCUGCAGCCACCGCCUC